AUUACAGAUCUGCCAGUGAAAAGUUGGCCGGCAAAAUGAUUUCCCUGCAGGUGUUACUAGAGGGUUAAAUUUCCAAAAACCACAAGCACAACAGAUACAGCUCUCCGAAGCAUCACCCCCUCUCUCCUGCCCAUCUCCUCCCCUCCCAGUGCUGAUUGGUGACAAGUUUCUAUAUUUGGUCCCUACCUCUUCAAGCUGUCCAAACAGCUGGAUGUUGAGUGACAGGAAGGGACACACUGAGAUUUAGAGGGACAGUGUACAAGUCGAUACAGGACACAGAGAUAGCUGUAGAGGGAGUGCUAUAGUGACCCCCAGCCUUCCAGUGGAAUUAUCGUAGAUUGCUAUCUGUGUCACAGUACCAUACAUAUUCUCUGCCCCCACUUCUGCCCAAGAAGUUGCCCAGCUGGAAUGCAUAGAUCUGAGUCCAUUUACUGCAGACAGGAGAUUACUCUGGCUCAAGAAGGUAGCGAUUCAUGGGUCCCUCCUGCGGCUGCUGCUGCCCCUGACUCUGGCCUGACUUCCAGCUCUCCUCCAGCUCCAGAAAGCCCUGUCCCCAGUCCGCAGCCUGGGUAUGGCUACAGUGCUUGCGAGGAAAAACCUGGCGACCCCAGGAUCCGGCGCCCCAUGAACGCCUUCAUGGUUUGGGCAAAAGAUGAACGGAAGAGACUGGCACUGCAGAACCCAGACCUUCACAAUGCGGUGUUAAGCAAGAUGCUUGGUAAGAUUGACAUGACAUGUUGGGUGGGCAGGCUAUUAAAGACAGCUAACAUUGGCAUGAAGAGUGCGGCCGGUUACCAGACUGGCAUUUAGAUUGGCAUGUGGCCUCUAGGUGGAUAUGCUGAUAGGCAUGGGGAGUUUUGGUGAAUAGGCAGACUGGCAUUUAAUAUCUACUUGGAGGAAAAUGACUGGCAUAUGAUGUAAAGGUGAGAAUUAGACUGGCAUGUGGUAUGUAACUAAAUGAUGGCGGACUGGCAUUGGAUAUACACAUGGGCAGAGGAUUCAAAGACAGGAAUUCAGACAGGCAUAGAAUGUAUUAUUGUAGAAUAUCAGACUGGAAUGCAUUAUGCAGGUUCAGGUUGUGAAUAUGAUUAAUUGAUCCAGGUGAGGAUAGUAUGGGAUAUUAGACUGGCAUGGUAAAUGUAGAUUUGGAGGGAAGCUGGUAUGAUAUGGGCACAAUGAGCUCUAUGGGUUAGCAAGCAAUGUGAACAUGGAGGAGGAAAGGCUUGCAUGGGUUUAGUUGAUUGUGAUGGGCACACUGGUAAGGGAUGUGCCAGUCAGAGGGUAAGACUGGCAUUGGAGGGUAGAAUGGCACUGGAUAUGGGAAUGGUUACAUUGUUUAUUAGGCUGAAAAAAUGUACAAUGCCGAUCAAGUUACACAAUUUUCCUGCAUUUUAGUUUGAUUUGUUGUACACUAUAUAAGAGCAUUACAUUUUCACAGAGUUUUUUUACGCUACUUAUAUGCAGUCGCUUUUGAAUCCUAUUUCUGUACAUUAUAUUUUUAUUCAAUGUAUUUAGGUUAUUUGAAUCCAUAUAUUUAAAUAUAUAUCUUGGCCAUUUCCAAGUGUUAUAUUUCUAUUGAGUGUGUUUACACCAUUUAACUGUAUUAUAUUUCAGUUGCUUGUGUGUAUACACAUUAUUAUUAUUAUUAUUAUUAUUAUUAUUCAUUAUUUUAUAAGACAGAUUCUGCAGCGCUGUACAAUGGGUGUACUGACAAAAAUUUAGUUAUAAGCAGACAAAGCUGGACGCACAGGAACACAUAGUGUUCCAGUAGCGAGAUCAAAAAUGUGAGGCUAAUAAGGUUUAAGAAAUCUAAAUACUUUGCUUAUAUUCCUAGCAAAGGAAAUGGACCGGGAACUGGGCAUAUAGGAAGGCUUGGAGGAGGGGGUGAGGACGGGAUGUUGAUUCAGGAAAAUCAUUCCAGCGUUCUAUUCUAGAGACCUCUUAAUUUUUGACAUUUUAUCUAAUUGAUUGUACUAUGACUCACCACCCCCGAUAACUAUACUGACUAAUUUCCUUCUAUGCUAAAACAACCUUUUUCCAACACCAAUAUAGAGUUGUUGAGAGUUUUGUACAUUGUUUCUGCUUUGCUUAGUUCCUCUGCCCACUAAGUAUUAACUGACCCUUUCUCGAACUCUGCCUCCUACAGGUCAAUCCUGGAAGAGCCUGAGUGCUAUUGAGAAGCGCCCCUUUGUGGAGGAGGCGGAAAGGCUCCGGAUUCAGCAUCUUCAGGACCAUCCUAAUUACAAAUACCGCCCACGUAGAAAGAAGCAAGGGAAGAAAAUGAAGCGCGUGGAGUCUGCCUCUCUUCUAAGGAAUGAAGGGUACAGAGGUGGCCACCAACCCACGAACAUCACCCAGUUCCGGGAACUGCACACCUUGGCUUCAAGUGAGCUGGAGAGCUAUGGUCUUCCCACCCCAGAGAUGUCCCCUCUGGAUGUUCUGGAGCAGAGUGAGCCAGCUUUCUUUCCGUCUCACAUGCGGGAAGAUACAGACCCAAUGCCGUUCAGAUCUUACCAACAUGGACUGGACUUUGGCCAAGAGAAAACCCUAAGGGAGAUUUCUUUGCCAUACUCCUCAGCGGCAUCUCACAUGGGUAACAUCCUUAGGACUCCUCCGUCCUCUGCUUUCUACUAUGGCCCUCAGGUCGGGCCACCAGCCUGUGCACCACUUGGCCAGCUCUCUCCACCUCCAGAGGCACCUCCGCUGGACCCCAUAGAACAUCUUAGCCAGGCUGAGCUGUGGAAUGAUGUUGACCGGAACGAGUUUGACCAGUAUUUAAACAUGAGCAGGACACAAUUGGCUGGGCAAGGUUAUCACCUGCCAAUGUCCAAGUUCAAUCCCUCGAGGACUAUACCAUGUGAGGAAAGCAGCCUGAUAUCUGCCCUGUCUGAUGCCAGUACUGCUAUGUACUAUAGCCCUUGUAUCACUGGUUAGGAGGUCCCAGAAAACUAAAUGUGGUGACAUAAAGGAAGAGAGGGGCAUAAUCAGAGGGGUGAACAUAUAUGUAUGUAGGUAGUUGUGGAGCUGUGCAUUGCCCGCUACAAUGGUCUUUGCAUGGACAAGACUAUAAGCUACAGAGAAGUCCAAGAGAGAAAGAGGAGGUUAGUCGGAAUAGAGGCUUUAGAUAUAGCCCACAUGUAGCAUAAAUUGGGUCACUGGAAAAGUGAAGCUCUCACUCAUGCAACAUUCACAAAAAUUAUUAUUGCUCUUUAGUGAGUUAUACCAUGCAUGUACUCUUUCGUAGAGGUUCUCUGACCCAAGAAUAAUUAAAAAACCAAAGGCCAUGGGUCAAAUGCAGUAAGUGACGUAGGAAGAGGCUUCUAAUCUAGGGAUGCAAGAUCUCAACUUUAAGGGGGGAAGUUAAUUAAAAGUAAAAAUGAAACCGUAUGAUACAUCAGCAAUUAUUCUGAUGAAGAGACCUACGGUUUACUUUUUCCAUAGCCAUACAUACCCCCCAAGAAGGGACAUCUUUCCCCUUGUGAGUAAGUGACCUUUGUACUAUGAAAUGUGCAAAGAAUAAAGAAUAUAUUGAAGGAUGAAUUACAAAUGUUAAAAGAAUGAAGCGAGAUUUUCCAAACGGAAAUUCCACUGAUAAAGAAGGACUAAAUGUCAAAAUGCCCCAGAAGGAAGGAAGUGCCCCUUGACUUCUCCUCUCACCUAUAGUCCCCCGAGGACCAGGCAUUAACCCUUUGAGUGCCAGUCGGGUGAUGCUUUUUGAUUGUGCAUGGUAUCCAAAGGGUUAAUGCACUAGACCUUUCCUCUAACACCUCUCGUUAUUCAGGGGGUGCUGUAAGAUUGUUCAGCAAAGAAAGAGUUAAUUUCUUAACCACAUGUAGCAUCUCUAUUUUUUGUGAAUCUCUCGGACAGGAUGGGGUUAAUCGCAAGAAGCAGUGUAACAGUCAAGUGCAAGUGGGCACGUAUGCCUGAGAGGGUAUCAUCUGAUUAUGGACUAAACUGUGCAACGGACUUCUGCUAAUACCCCUCAACCUGUAACAGUGGGUGCAGGCAGUAAUUUCUCCCCACAAUGGGGUGAUGUCUUGGCCAAGCCGGACCCUUGGGCAUUUAUACUGCCUGUAAAGGACAGAAUAAUUGUGGAGGGAUGGUGAUGGUAGAAUUUCUACAGUGUGAAUUUAAGACUUUGCUGUUUGUUUGUUUUUGUUUUUUAAUUAAACAUUUUUAUAAGAGAAUUCAAAA